UGCAAGUUAGUUACAUGGAAUGCGUUAAGAUGUCUGUAGAGAAAAGGAGCAGUGGGCGAUGUACAAAGCUCUAAACAAGACAGAAUCCACAUUGUCGACAGGGUAGGAGCUAGUCGUUUGUUCUACCUGCAUGGCGCAGCAAAUGGGAAUCGUUAAUUAGGCUCUAUCUUGAAAGUCGUCAUCAGCAUCUCACCUGUACUGCUGGACCAUGGAUUUCACACGGUCGAAGAUUUCAAUAUCUCUUCAGCUCCAUGUCGCGGGAAAUAGGCGGUAUACGUGCAUCUGGAAGGGUUAGGAAAGCUGCCAAUGUGAACGGAAAGCGGAUCCACUUUAUGUUACAGUGCAUGGCCUCUGGACAAAGUGCCAACGAUCAUGCACAAACCCCUCCGAAAGUGGAGUCUCAACGUGUUCCUGUGUUUCGGCAUCAUAUACCUCAGACUUGGGGCCCUGUCCUCGGUGGUGGCUCUGGGUGCCAACAUCAUCUGCAACAAGAUUCCCGGGCUGGCACCUCGCCAGCGGGCCAUCUGCCAGAGCCGCCCGGACGCCAUCAUUGUUGUGGGCGAAGGCGCCCAGAUGGGCAUCAAUGAGUGUCAGUACCAGUUCCGGUAUGGACGCUGGAACUGUUCGGCGCUGGGAGAAAGAACAGUCUUCGGUCAGGAGCUGCGAGUAGGCAGUCGGGAAGCAGCGUUCACCUACGCCAUCACAGCGGCGGGGGUGGCCCACGCCAUCACAGCAGCCUGUAGCCAGGGUAACCUGAGCCAGUGCGGCUGCGACCGGGAGAAGCAGGGCUACAACAACCAGGAGGAAGGCUGGAAGUGGGGCGGCUGCUCGGCCGACAUCAAGUACGGGAUCGAGUUCUCUCGCCGCUUCGUGGAUGCCCGCGAGAUUAAAAAGACGCCGCGCCGCCUGAUGAACUUGCAUAACAAUGAAGCAGGGAGAAAGGUACUAGAAGAAAGGAUGAAGCUAGAGUGCAAGUGCCACGGCGUCUCGGGCUCCUGCACCACCAAAACGUGUUGGACUACCCUUCCCAAGUUCCGAGAGAUUGGCUACCUACUCAAGGACAAGUACAACGAAGCCGUGCACGUGGAGGUGGUCCGGGCUAGCCGACUGCGCCAGCCCACUCACCUCAAGGUGAAGCAGACUCAGGGCUACCGCAAGCCCAUGGAGACAGACCUCGUCUACAUCGAGAGGUCGCCCAACUACUGCGAGGAGGACACAGCCACGGGGAGCGUGGGCACCCAGGGGCGCCUGUGCAACCGCACCUCGCCACAUACAGACGGCUGCGACCUCAUGUGCUGUGGGCGGGGCUACAAUACACACCAGUACACCAAAGUGUGGCAGUGCAACUGUAAGUUCCAAUGGUGCUGCUUUGUCAAGUGCAACACGUGCAGUGAGAGGACGGAGGUGUUUACCUGCAAAUAAGGACGCAAGGAACUCAGUGCCAGGAAGCGAGGCGCCAAGGACAAGCUGAAUGAGGAAGACUCGAACGAGCGAGAUAAAAGUGUGACGUGGACCAGUGAGAGAUUUUGAAAUAAAGGAAUGGAAUUUACACUACCAGCUCUUCAUGGCAUCGUUUUGCACAGCAGAAACUAUCUUAUUUCUUUUCAGAAAGUAAAUGCUAAAUAUCCGUAGGUAAUACCCCAGAACUUUACUGUUGCAUAGAGAUUGUGCUCAUGUACUGAUGUAUCCACAGUGAAGUUGGGACUACAGGUAAUGAAUGAGGCCGGUGUGAACUCUGGGAUUUGUAAUUGUUAAAUUCAUAGGAGACUCAGAGAGGAAACACAGUAACCUGGGAGUUGAUCAAAAUGACAGCAGCUGAUGCGGGGUGACUGGAACAGAUUCGUCAAGUCCUUGAUUGAAAACUUUUUAAGGGUUUUGUCUUAUUUUCAAAAAAAGUGAAUCUUGACACGAAUGAACCCCCCAAAUUGGCUGGGGCUUAUGUUGGAGGUUUUGUAGACAUGAAGAACAUUUUGUAAGUAUGGUGCGUUGGGGUGCGCCAAAAUCUGAGUGGAGAACUCUGUUAAACCCUCUGCUGCCAACUGGAAUAUGGUGGAGUAUGUUAGUUUUCCAGUCACACUGGAACUGUCUGUUCUGAACACUGAAAAUAAAUUGUUUAUUUAUGUUAUAGUAUCUUAAAACGAAGCACUAACGGGUAGAGAUGUCUUUUUUUGUACUAAGUUUAAAGAAAAAUACUUUUUAGAAACUCUGACUGAAAAUGUGUGUCUAUUAGAAAAUGACCCCCCAAUCCCUAAAACACUUUAUAUUUUCUUUAAAAAAAAGAAAGAAAAAAGGUUUCAUUGCUACUGGUGUGUUGUCAACAAAAACGUCAUUACAGUGUGUUUCACAUUCAAAAACCUUGGUUCUUUUUUACUGUAGCAAACUUUGUUUGUAGUCCUUUCCCCCCCAAGCAGUAAUAUAUAUUUGGAUGCUUUUGCAAUUUCAGUUGAUAGACAGUAGCAAGAAAACUCCUUUAACUGCAGAGAUCCUUCCUCAAUCUAUUAAACACAAAGCUGACAUGUUGCUGGAUGUGUUGUUGAGUGCUGCACUGAUAUUUUCUACUCAGAUACGACUCAUGAGAACUAAAUAAACUCCCAUUUGACUCAG